UGUCGGUGGCAGCCAAUAUUUAUUUCUUUUGGGGGGCCUUUAAAGGUGGGUGUGUCUCUUCCACCUGUGUCGUGGACAAGAAAACAAAAUUGCAUUCCGUACAUUUUGCGCCUUGAGCCAGCGAAAACAUUUAUCUUCUGCUGAUAACAAGUAGCGAGUGCUUAUGUCUAGUUGUAGUUCCAGCCAUUUUCCCCCCUCAGCAUAUAUUAUCGAAAUAUGUGGCGUAUGAUCUACAUGUCCGUGAGUGCCUGCAAAAUUUUGCCACACAACCAUUGAUGGCUAAUUGACCUACAUAAUUGGACCAGUUGAACUUGCCUCCCAUGAGCGACUCCCUUUUUCACUGAGCUGCCGUAAGGACUCACCCACUCUAAUUCCGCCAGUUGAGAAGUCUUUGAAUAAGUAGCUUCAAACCUGCUCCUGUAUUUUUUAUUUAUUUUUUUUUUUGACUGCAUUAAAAGGCUCUCCAAGAAUGCCUGCAAGUUUCUGUGGCACUUGGGACAUGCUUAGCAAUGACAAUUUUGAAGGCUACAUGAUUGCAUUAGAUAUCAGCCCUUGCAUUCGAAAGAUCGCUCUGAAGCUGAAGAUAAGAAAGUUGAUAGAACAGCAGGGCGACCAUUACGUCAUCAAAACAUGCAGCAUCUUCAGGAACUACACCGUGUCUUUCCGAGUGGGUCAGGAAUUUGAGGAGUUCUCGGAGGGCUUAGACAACAGGCACAUGAAGUCUGUGGUGAGGUGGGAGGGGAACAAGCUGGUGUGCGAACAGAAAGGUGAGAAGAAGAACAGGGGGUGGUGUCAUUGGAUUGAAGAGGACAAGCUUCACUUGGAGCUUUAUUGUGAAGGGGAAAUCUGCAAGCAGGUGUUCAAGAAGGUCAAUGACUGAAGAGGACGACAAUUGUAAAAAAUGGACGUUACAAGAAAGAAAUUAUCUCUCCUGUGUUAGCUGUAUGGUCAUAAACUACGCCACGAGAGAGCAGUACAGCAACAUAACAAAUGUACGUAUGGUAGUUACGGUGCAUGACUGUUGUUUACCACUGCAUCAAGUGUGUUCAGCUCAUAAGGGACAAAAAGAAGAGCAUUUUAUGUUAAUUUAUACAUCUCUCCAUUUGAUUGUAUAACUGUGGCUUGUCUUUUAUAUAUAUUACACGUGGGCAUUCGUGUCACCUGUAAUAACGGAGAUCGAUGUAAAAAAACAAACCAACAUUAUUGAUCUCUGUUGGAAACUUCAUUUACUCUCAAACCAAAGAUUGGACCAAGUAUGGCCCACGUGCCAUAACUGUCUCAAUGUGUUAAUCCGGUACAACGAAAAUAGGGGUGUCAAACUGUUUUUUUUGUUUUGUUUUUGCGGGCUACACCACAGUUCUGGUUUCCUUCAAAGGGCCGUUAUGAUGACUGAUGCCUCAUUACAUAUUCAUCCAUUUUCAACCCUACUAAUCCUGUUCAUCAAAUUGAUGAAAAACUAGUUUUGAAAUUAGAGGCCAGUAAAAUCCGUUUGUUCAACGAUUAUUAUAUUUAUUUUAUGAGCAGAACUGAUUACUUGCAAUAGCUCAACGUUUUUAAAAAUGAAGACCAUUUCCAAUGUUGGUAUUUCUGCAAGAAAUGUAUUUUUAUACAAAUAAAUAAUACAAUCAAAA